AUGGCGGCAAAUAAUAACUCUUUGGCUAGUAAAGGAAUUACAGUGGUGAAAGAGAUAUUAAAGAAGAAUAUUACAUCAAAAGUUAUGCGCGUAUACGUUGGCAGUUUGGAUUAUAUCGAUCAUUUGGAUAGUAGACAGAUACCUAUCAUGUUAGAAAGUAAUCGAUACGUUAUUAUGGAGAUAACUGAGCUCUUGCCUAAAGUUAAUAAUCAGCAUAAUAGCUACCAUAUCACAUUGCAAGAAUUCAUGCAAUCUAUGAAAGAUUUAAAUCUUGAGGAAGUAUCGAAUACCUUUUCGGUUUCUGCUAAAGAAGUGAUUUCGCUAAUGUCUCAAGUGAUUCCUUGCGUCGGCUGUCGAAAGAGUGUCGAAGGCUUACUAUGCAACAUGCAGACUUAUAACGAUUUAGCAUUGAAACCAAUACUGUUAUUACAAAAUGACAUUACAUUAGAUAGAGGAUUCCUGAAAGAUCCUUGCCUUAUAUAUGAUUUAUUAUAUAAGGAAAGGCGAUGUCCUUUACAUUCUCUAGAUAGCCAUAAAUAUCGUUCGUCUGGGAUUUGGAUUGAUGUUUGGAUUUCGCUUUCACAGGAGUGUAGAGAAGAAAUUGUCACAAUAGAUUCUCAAUUACUACUAGGGACAACAGAGAAUUAUCUUAGAAAACAUAAAUUUUGUUCCGAGUGCAGAGCAAAAGUUAUACGUGCAUUUGCUAUACUAUUAGGAGAAUUGGACAUUAUUGCGGAAAAAGAAUAUCGGAAAGAUCUAUACGAUGGCAUUGGUUGUUGCUGCAAUGAGCAUUGCAGGUGUAUAAAAGUGCGUUGUGAUACAGAUUUUAUUGCCCAUCUGAUCGAUAGAGCUGAGCCCGAGAUAUCAGGAAGGGUACUCAUAGUAUCCUUUAUUAGUCGUAGGGAGCAUCAUGCAAAGUCGAUGGAGGCGGCUCAAGAAGAGAUAUUAACCUGUAUUGGAAUUCACUUGUGGGAGCGAUUACAUAGAUUAUGGCAAAAGUUGCGUACUGAAGAACAAACGUGGAUUAUGUUAUUUUACUUAUGUAUUGAAUCACUAAGGAGGAAAAGCGAGAUUGUAUUACGCGGAGGAGAAGGUGAAACACGUUUAGAAAAGAUAUUACAAGAAUUUUCAGAAGCAGACAAAGCUAAAGAAACCAAACGAGAGCAAAAACGCCUUAAGCGAAAGAAACGCAGAACUAAAGAAAUUACCGACGGUAUACCUUGUAAAGCUGGAAUUGAUUGUCGAGCCAAUACCCUGCCGUUCGUUGAGAGCGAGUAUAAUGAUUCCAAUUUGAAAAGUAGUGAUAGUUGCCACUGUUUGGAUACUGAAGAUCAAGUAGAUCAGGAUGAUACUGAUGUCGGUAGUAACUCGAGCGAUGCAACACACGACAGUAAGGAUACCGACGAUUAUGCUUGUCACUCCUGCGAAAAUGGGGAUCAUUUACCUAAUAAAAAUCAGGUGGUCGUAAUACCCGGUGAUUCGUUUAUUCCUGAUGAAGAAAUAGAAUUAUUAAAUUCGAUGGGCUGGUCAGAAUUUGUGGGAAGUCAGCAUCAGGAUUGUCAAUCUGAGAAUAUUGAAAUAUCUGAGAAAGAUAUCGAGGAUUAUGAAGCAAAUAAGAAAGUUAUUCGUAUUAGAAGAGAUAAAUUACGUGAAAAGCUGCGACACCAAUUUCAAAAUAUUGCUAUUGGGAAGUGA